CCUCAUCCCUCACAUCCAGCGACACACACACACACCCACACACCUACAUCAUGUCAAAGUACCCCCCGGCCCAGUCUUCGGCCGCCAUACCAACAAUCCUGCCGCCGCUGCAGUCCGAGUCCAAGCGUGACAGGAAGAGGCGCGAGACUGUCAACAAGAUUGAGCUCCUCCACAAUGGGAGCUGGAACAACCGCGACGAGAAAUUCUCCCAGCAAUACAAGGAGUACCACAAUGAGAACAAGGCUGUCAACACGCAACCGCCAACCUCAUCAAAGUAUCUCCUCCGCCUGUACCCCAAGACCAUUGAGCGCGACGCGUUCUUGACGGCUACCGAGACGCACCACCAGUACAAGGUCAACCAGGCCAAGAAGAUGUACGAGAGCGAGCGCGACCACAUCGAGGGCAUGUACUGGGAGGCUCGUGACCAGGUUCGCCAGCGGUUGCUCAAUUCGAUCGAGGAACGCCGACGCAAGCUGCGCGAGGAGAAGGAGGGCGGAGAUGUUGUGACGGAAUCUCUACUGGAAACUCAGGCGCGCCGGCCACCACGCCGUUCGCCCUUCCGAUCCCGUAUCGAGCCCAAGUCGACGUCGCGAAGUGCGACCCCGGCGCUUCUGCGCUCAAAUGGCGACUCUGGCCACUCUAGUCCGGCCGACGGCAACAAGGGCGACAUUCUUCUCCACGCAAUGCUGGCUCCUGCGCUGGCCCAGAUUUCAACCGACGACAUUCUGACACCCCAGUCGACGUCGUUGGUUGUUGCUGCCCCACCAAACGGCUACACCGCGCUGCAGGGAACUAAGCGUGGUCCCCGCGGCAAGGCUGCCAACGACGACAAGGAUGUCGGUGCGGCUCCCGGUACCAGCGCGGCGCUCGCCAUUGCAAGUGGACAGACGUCGGCGCCGACCAACAACUCGGGCAAGCGUGGUGCCGGUGCUCAGUCGGGCUGGGUUCUCGGCAAGGCGCUCAACGACAUGCGCAAGAUGGAAGAGGCGACGAUGCUUGAGCGUGACAGCGACUGGGCGAGAAUCCAGGGCUCGACACAGGGGAGGGGGAGGAGGGCGAGGGGGGACUGAGCUGCCGUGAGCCCGUGGAGCGAGCCCGCCGCCGAGCGGUGGGAGAGGGCGCAGACAGCGGCGAGGUGGCAGCCGAGGUUGACGCCACCGGGUCGCCGCGAAAUGCGAAACGUUGUAUCAUAAGUACAGGUCAUGUAAGAGACAAUCCGUUACGAGA